AUGACGUCCGUGCGCAGCGCCGCCGGGGUUGCCCUGCCGCCGAUCCGGCUGGCGGUGGAGCGGGCGCGCCAGGAGGCACUCCGGCGCGAGCUGGACGGGUGCCAGCUCCUCGCGGGCAUCUGGUGCCACGGCUUCACGGUGGCGCAGCUCCGCAGCAUCCGCGCCUCGCUCCCCUCCACGGCGCGGCUGCUGGUCGCCAAGAACUCGGACCUCGCGGCGGCGGUCGAGGGCACGCGCUGGGAGUCGCUCCGCCCCUGCGCCCGCGGCAUGAACGCCUGGCUCUUCGUGCGCUCCGACGAGAUCCCGCCGGCGCUCCGCCCCUACCGCGACUUCCAGAAGGAGUGGCGCCUCCAGCUCAACGACUUCACCGGCGCCGUCUACGAGGGCCGCCUCUACGGCCCCGACGACUUCGCGCAGCUCGAGGCCAUGCCCACCAGGGUGCAGUCCUACCAGUACCUCCUCGGGUGCCUCCAGAUGCCCGCCGUCUCCGUCCUCGCCGCCCUCCGCGCGCGCCAGGAGGCCAUGGCGCAGGCCGAGAAGCCGCCCGCCGAGGAGGCGGCUCCUGCUCCGGCGCCGGAGAAGUGA